CACGUCUGCAGCAUUCUGAAUGAUACUGCAGCCUUUCGAAUCUCGACGCAGGCAUAGCAACGAGACUGCUUGGAGGACGGGAAACUCGCCGGUUGACUGCUGGCCAGAGUGGCUCAGUAUCUCCGGACGACCGCAACGAGCACUGGAGAGGGUAUGAGGUGAAAGGGCGAUUGCGGAAAGGCGUCAACGAGCACAGAGUAUACAACAGACAAUACGCACACUGGCUGGGGUCAGCGCAACUGCGCGCGCCUUGAGCGCUUUGGCGGAGCAAGAACCCACGGAGCCUGGCGAGGCGAGAGAUAAGUUGGCAGUGGAGCGCCACAGAGACAAUGUUCUCCAGCGACAAGUCCUCGCGCCAGUCGUCCAACGGCGGCAGCAAGUCCUUCUUUCACCGGAGCAAGAAGGACAAAGGAGAUGCACCUCCCAUGCCCGAGACCGCAUCGCGACAUUCGCACCGCAGCUCGAGUUCGACACUCGAUCAAGAGGAGUAUGCGAAGCAGGGCAGUUCGCACGAUGGCAUCAACAUGCAGGCUGGAGUCAUCACGAGUAUACCAUACGAUACAAUGCGGCCAGAUCGUCCGCCCUUGCAUGUUGAGCAUGGCGAUAGACCGGUGUCGCGCCGAGAGCCACUGCCCCAUCAUCUAAAUAAGGGCGGUGGUGAUUUUCACCAGUAUCCCGUCAUUGAUACGGGCUCUAUGGCGGCACCUAGACCCCCAACGCAUGGCAGCAGUAGUAGGAGCUUGAGGCAGCACGACCCAGAAACUUCCACUCUCAACAGCUAUGCCCCAUCGCGGAACUCAAGCGACCAUGGAAGCAUACGGAGCAACUCGUCAUACGAUCGGCGGCAGUAUCAGUAUGGGAAUGGCAGCACAUCGUCCUUUAAUCCAGGCUAUCAACCCGAACACGAGCGGAUGUUCCAAGCUACACACUCAUCGCGCGACAGGGAGCGAAGCCACCAAUACUUGAACGUAUCAAAUCCAUCCGCUCAUACGAGCACAAUGUCCUUUAGUCCCGAAGGCUUUCUGAUGCAAAAGCCCAACGAUGACAGGAUCAUUGAGAAAGAGUUUCUGGAACUGAUGCUGAAGCGAGGAUGGAAGAGCUUGCCAGAACAAGCCCGUCGACAAAUGGAAGCAUACCCCAUAAGCAAGAAGUGGACACUGGUAUACCAAGACCGAUUGGCAGAAUGGCAAGGAGAGCAGAAGCGGAAGCACAUGUCGCGUAACACCAUGACAAGUAUCCAAGGAUUUGACAUAGCCCGUAUGGACGAAGAGGGAAGCCCGGAAUGGUAUGUUAGGAGGAUUCUGGACAACUCGAUCAAUCCCAAGCAAUUGCAGAGCUUGUCGGUCAGCCUGCGAACGCAACCCAUCGCGUGGGUGAAGGCAUUUGUGGAAGCACAAGGGCAAAUCGCCCUGACGAAUCUACUCGGGAAACUCAACCGAAGGACAGCGUCUGGGCCGACUCCUAAUGGUGGUGUGCUUACCGAGAAGGACAUGGACCGCGAGUACGACAUCGUCAAGUGUCUGAAGGCGUUGAUGAACAACAAAUAUGGCGCCGACAAUGCUCUUCAGCAUGAUAGCAUCGUCAUGUCGUUGGCGAGCUCGCUGACUUCACCUCGCCUAAACACGAGAAAACUGGUAUCCGAAUUGCUUACAUUUUUGUGCCACUGGUCAGAUGGCGCAGGUCACCUCAAAGUAUUGCAAGCUUUGGACCAUCUCAAGGCAGCUCAAAAUGAAAAUGGACGAUUUGAUGCUUGGAUGCGAAUUGUUGAAGUCACUAUCGAUGGUCGAGGCAAGAUGGGCUCUCUUGUUGGAGCAUCUGACGAGGUUCGGAGUGGAGGCAUCGGUAUGGAGAACCUGCUGAUGGAGUAUGCUGUCGCAUCUCUGUUUCUCCUGAACUCGAUCGUGGACGCGCCCGAGCGUGAUUUACAAUUGAGAUGUCAUAUUCGAGCACAAUUUGUGGCGUGCGGCGUCAAACGGAUAUUAGUCAAAAUGGAGGACUUCCAGUACGAGGUUAUCGACAAGCAAGUCGAACGAUAUCGAACAAACGAAGCGAUCGAUUACGAAGAUCUCCUGGAACGAGAUGGCAAUUCGAUGCAUGAUAGCAUGGAAGGCGAGGGUAAGGAUCUCAAUGACCCCGUGCAGAUCGUAGAAGCCAUCCAGCACCGAUUAGCAGGAAGCAAAGAAGGCGACUACUUUCUGUCUGCGCUACAACAUCUGCUGCUCAUCCGAGACAACGAGGGCGAGGAUCGAUUGAAGCUCUUUCAACUUGUGGAAAGCAUGCUCUCGUAUGUGGCCAUGGAUCGAAGGUUACCAGACAUGGAUCUCAAGCAGUCUCUCAACUUUUCUGUGCAGUCAUUGAUGGACAAGCUGCAUACGGACUCAGAGGCACGACAAGCACGGGAAGCCGCCCAUGAAGCCAAGCUGAUAGCAGACGCUGCGAUUGCCGAGCGCGACGAGAUGAAAUCGCAGGUUGAAUUGGGUGCAGAAGGUCUUGUUGCGAAAUUACAGAAGCAAGUUGACGAGCAAGCAGCUGUGAUUGAUCUCCAGUCACGGCAAGCAGAUGCACUCAAGUCUGAGCUUGGUGACCUCCAAAGAAUACGAGCGCAAGAUCUACAACGACAAGAGCUCGAGACACGAGAGCUGUAUCUUAUGUUGCGUGAUGCACAAGAUAUCGCUGCUUCGCACUCCAACAAGGAGGGCAAGAAUGGCGAGCACACAGACCCAGCACAAUUGAAGGGCAUUUUGGAUCGCGAGAGGCUUAUGGAUCGUCUCGAGAUGCAGUUAGAACGUGCAAAGACUCAAGCGAAGCUGGAGGGUAAGGUCUGGCAGCAGGUCAAUCCCAGUGACAAGUUACGAGAGCUACGUGAGAAGAUGGAGGGAGCUGGGAUGGAGCCCGAUGGUCUUGGCGCACAUAUGCCAUACCUUGGCCAAGUCACCAGAGCGAAGAGUGGCAUACCUCGCAAGCCAAUUGCUAGAAAGGUGGACGAGGACGCGGAGGAUGACAUGGACGAAGAGCUACAGAAUGAUGACGCCGUGUAUGAGAAGCCUCGACUUGUCGAGUUCAAGCGGCCCAAGGUACCUUCGAACGUUGCUCAAGCUCAGCAAGGUAUGCUCGCCGAACUGCAGCGCAAAGCACAACGUGUGGAUGGCAGCGACGAUGAGGGCGAUGGAGUUACCACAGGUCCAAGUCAUCCCAGUCUGGAGAGUCAGAGUCCUAGGACUCCGAUCAGCACAGAUGCUCCCGAUGUGCCUCCCAAAGAUGCCUUCGAUGGGCCGAUAGCACCACCCGCUCCCCCUGCGCCCCCAUUGCCCGGGGCGAGCUUCGAUGGUGCCGCGCCGCCCCCGCCUCCCCCUAUGCCUGGGUUCUCGAAUGCCGCUCCCCCGCCCCCACCGCCUAUGCCUGGAUUUGGAGGUGGCGCCCCUCCGCCGCCGCCUCCGCCGAUGCCUGGUUUCAAUGGUGCCGCACCACCACCGCCACCUCCUCCGCCAGGGAUGCGAGGGCCACCAGCGCCUCCGCCACCAGGUGCACCUCCUCUUCCUGGCCAGAUGCGUGGCGGCUUUCUGCCUAGACAGGUAUACAAUGCUUCUGGUUCUGGCAUAAGCGCCACUGGACCUCGGCCGAAGAAGAAGCUGAAGGCACUUCACUGGGAAAAGGUCGAUGAUACGGACAGAACGAUGUGGGGCUUGAACGCUCCCACUUUUGAGCAGAAAGAAGAAAAGUAUCAGGAGUUGUCCAAGAAGGGCAUUCUUGACGAGAUUGAGAAGCUGUUCAUGGCCAAGGAGAUCAGACAAAUCGGCAAAUCUAAUGGAAAGAAUAAGAGUGACAAGAAGCAAGUGAUCAGCAGAGAUCUUAUGCACAUGAUGCAAAUCAGUCUUGCUAAAUUCGCUAACGCCGAGGCCGAGGACAUCGUCCGCAUGAUCAUUCACUGCGACCGCGAAAUUCUGGAUAAUGGCAAUGUCAUGGACUUCCUGCAACAUGAAAGUCUCUGCACGAUACCCGAUAACGUGGCCAAAGCUAUGGCUUCUUAUUCAAAAGACUGGAACGGAGCUGACGCGCUCAAAGCCGAGCGAGAAUCGGACCCAACCGAGCUCACUCGGGAAGAUCAGAUCUAUCUGUACACUGCCUAUGAACUGCAUCACUAUUGGAAAGCAAGGAUGCGAGCGCUUGCAUUGACGCGGAACUAUGAAGCCGAGUACGACGAGAUUUCCAAUAAGUUGAAAAACGUUGUGACCGUCUCGGAGUCUCUGCGCGAUUCCGUCAAGCUCAUGCCGGUUUUUGGACUGAUUUUGGAUAUUGGAAACUACAUGAACGACUCCAACAAACAGGCUGUUGGUUUCAAGCUCUCUUCGCUCGCUCGUCUUGGCAUGGUCAAGGACAAGGACAACGAGUCGACACUUCUUGAUUACGUGGAACGUGUUGUGCGCAAGCAAUACCCACAAUAUGAAGGUUUCUACGAAGACAUCUCUGGGGUGUUAACCACACAAAAAGUCAAUAUUGAACAACUACAGGCCGACGCAAAGAGGUACAUUGACAAUAUUGGCAAUGUACAGAUGAGCUUGGACAGCGGCAACCUGUCAGACCCGAAGAGAUUUCACCCCGAGGACAGGGUCUCACAGAUCGUGCAAAGAAGCAUGAAGGAGGCUAGAAGGAAAGCCGAACAGAUGCAGCUUUAUCUUGAUGAGAUGAAGAGAGUGUUUGACGACAUUCUCACCUUCUUCGGUGACGACAACAAGGAUGAGAACGCCAGGAGAGAGUUCUUCGGCAAGCUGGCUAAUUUCUUGCAAGAAUACAAGAAAUCGCACGAGAAGAACAUGAUUCUGGAAGAACAAUGGCGUCGCAACGAGGAGAACAUGCGUCGCAAGCAGCUCAAGGCCGGCGGCACGCCUGCAAGCACCAGCACCAAUGGUGAUCUCAGUCCGUCGCCCUCAACAGGCGCCAUGGACUCUCUGCUCGAGAAGCUCCGGGCGGCGGCUCCUCAAUCGCGAGACACUCGUGAACGCCGAAGACGUGCUCGCCUCAAGGAUAAACAUCAAAUCCGCGUGGCAUCUGGCCAGCAAAUCCCGGAGACUGGGGAGAAUACUGACGAACCUCAGACCAGCCCUGACGAGCUGCUUAAACCCAGCAAGACGAAUGACUCAGAGCCAGCACCUGCAACGGAAGGUGGUGUCUCAGAAGGCGAAGACAUAGCAGACCGUGCUGCCUCCUUGCUGCAAGGUCUUCGUGGUGACGCUGAACCUGCUGAUCCCCAGGACAAUACUCUACGGGUUCGACGCAGAAGGGAAAGCGCAGAUGACGAACGUUCACGUAGAAGAGCAAGACGCAGGAACGUGGCUGGGAGCGCCGAUCAAGGCGAUGGUCGUGCCUCGACCACGAUUGCUGAAGAGACCGACGAAGCGAAUGGGUCUGCUCAAGCGCCCAUCAUCAUUGAGAUUGACGAGGACAGUGAGGAGAAGAGGCUUUCGGAUGACAGUCCCCUGCCAACACCUACGACGAUUGUUGUUCCGCCUAGUCCGGACCUCGACGAGGCCACAUUGAAGGACUAGCGCUGCUUUGAACGGAGCCUUGUCUCCCCUGGUCCAUCCAGACUUCAGCUGCACUGAAUGUGCGCUAGUGGAGAUCUGUGUACAUAUUCGUAAUGUUUUUUGUUUUCUUGUUUUUGUAAUAUGCUUCUGUAGCAGACAACCUUUUUUGUUUUGCUGCAAUCUGAGCGUAGGAGCGAAAGAGCAUGGGAGUUGCAAGGUCUGGCAGCUGCGCAUGAAUAUUCAUUUAUGAGCAUUAAGUUUGAACGAAUCCAUCUUUUU